AUGGACAUGGAGGAGAAGCAGAGUGGAGAGCGGAGGAAAGGCCAGGAGUCAAGUGAGGUAUACAUCUACAGGAAGAACCUCUCCUUAGGAGCUGGCCAGAACUUCUACUACAUAACCAUGCUGCGUGACCCCGUCUCCCGCUACCUGAGUGAAUGGAAGCACGUGCAGCGUGGAGCCACCUGGAAGACCUCCCUGCACAUGUGUGACGGGCGCUCGCCCACGCAGGACGAACUGCCCACCUGCUACAGCGGGGACGACUGGUUGGGCGUCACCCUGACCGAGUUCAUGGACUGCCCGUCCAACCUGGCCAACAACCGGCAGGUGCGCAUGCUGGCCGACCUCAGCCUGGUGGGCUGCUACAACCUGUUAUCAAUGAACGAGAGUGAGCGCAACCACAUCCUGCUGGGCAGCGCCAUGAACAACCUGAAGAACAUGGCCUUCUACGGCCUGACCGAGUUCCAGCGCAAGACGCAGUACCUGUUUGAGCGGACGUUCAGCCUGCGCUUCAUCGCCGCCUUCACGCAGAUCAACAGCACGCGCGCCGCCAACGUGGACCUGAGCGAGGCUGUGCGUCGCCGCAUCGAGGAGCUAAACUACCUGGAUGUGCAGCUGUACGAGUACGCCAAGGACCUGUUCCUCCAGCGCUUCCAAUACACCCGCCAGCGCCAGCACCAGGAGGAGCGCUUGAAGAGGCGCGAGGAGCGCCGUUGGCUGCGGGAGCAGAGGGAGCAGAGCAGGGACUCUCUCCCCAAACGACAGGUGGGCAGGGAAGGGGGGGGAGACGAGCUGGCCACCACCACCGAAGACUACACCAGCCAGGUGGCUCGCUGGUGAGGUCCCACUCCUGACCACACACCCAGAGAUAGGUCACAGAACAGUCAGUCUCAUAUGGUACUCUCUCUCUCCCUCUCUCUUUUUCUCUCUCUCUCCCU